ACACCACCUGCCGGCGACAGAGUUAUCCUCCCGGCCGGUCACCAGAGCCCAAGUUCACCUCUAUCGUCAAACUACCCAAAUGAUCCCUCCAAGCUGACAUGAUUACAAGCCUCUCCAAUCUCCAUAGCCUUUCCCUCUUCCAGAAAAAGGAAAAUCCAUCUCCUGCAUACAGUUGCACAUAAAACAACAGAAUCCCAUGAAAACCUCCUCAACCUAAUCAAUCCUCCCUCCCUCCCUCUCUUACUAUUCCCGCGGGAACCACCAGACAAAGACACUCACUUUCACGAGCUAAUUAUAGAGCACGGAAUCUGACUCUCCUCUAUGCAAUCAAAUCUUUUGUUUAUUAUAUAACACGUUAACCCAAAUUCAGAAAAUUCCUCUCCACCAUAAGAACAGCACAACCCCACAAAUCAAAUCCAAGUGGCCUCCUCUCCACAAAAACUACCCUUUUAGUGUGCCUUUCCCUCUUCAAUGGCUUCCCUUUCCCGGCAAAAAAGUUGCCGUCUUUCCUCUUUUUCCCCCACUUGACAUUGAACUGUUCUUCUUCUUGUAACUUCUUCUCUCUGUUUCUCCUCCCAAUCAAAAACCCAAUUCAUAAAAGAACGAAAAGCUUCCAACUUUCAAUUUUUCCUUCUGUCCCUGAAAAUGCCGCCGUCGAAUUUCCCGCUCCGGUGGGAGAGCACCGGCGACCAGUGGUGGUACGCGUCCCCGAUCGACUUCGCCGCCGCCGAAGGCCACUACGACCUGGUGAGGGAGCUUCUCCACUUGGACAACAACCUCCUCAUCAAGCUCACCUCCCUCCGCCGCAUCCGCCGCCUUGAGACCGUUUGGGACGACGACGACGAGAAGAAGCCCGACUCCAGAGGAGAAGUCGCCAAGUGUCGCGCCCACGUCGCCCGCAUGCUCUACACGGAGUGCGAGGUCUCCCCUGGCUACAACACCCUCGUAAGAGCUCGGUACGGCGGGUGGCUGCUCUACACGGCCGCCUCCGCCGGCGAUUUGAAAUUCGUCGACGAAUUGCUGGACAGAGACCCGUUUCUAGUGUUCGGCGAGGGAGAGUACGGCGUCACGGACAUGUUCUACGCCGCCGCGAGGGGCGGGAACUCCGAGGUUUUCAGGGUUUUGCUCCGGUGCUCUGUUUCGCCGACGGGGAAACAGGGGAACGAUGAAGAGGUGGAGAAUCAAAAAGGGGACAAGGAAUUCGAGAUGGAGAUUGUGAAUCGUGCGGUUCAUUCUGCUGCCAGAGGUGGGAAUCUGGAGAUUUUGAGGGAAUUGCUUAAGGAUUGUGGCGAUGUUUUGAGUUAUCGUGAUGAACAGGGUUCCUCUGUUUUGCAUUCUGCAGCUGGAAGAGGCCAAGUUGAGGUGGUGAAGGAGCUCAUAGCGUCCUAUCACAUCAUAACUUCCACAGACCACAACGGCAACUCGGCCCUCCACGUAGCGGCUUAUCGAGGCCACUUACCGGUUGUCGAGGCGCUAAUCCAAGAAUGUCCAUCCCUAACCUCACUCACAAACAUCCAUGGCGACACAUUCCUCCACAUGGCCGUUUCGGGGUUCAGGACGCCCGGUUUUCGGAGAAUGGACAAGCAGAUUGAGCUCAUGGAGAAGCUAAACUCCGGUGGUGGGAUUGUGAACAUCCAAGAGGUCAUCAAUGUGAAGAACAACGAUGGAAGGACGCCUCUCCACAUUGCUGUGUUUGAAAAUAUCCAAUCUAGCCUAGUCGAGCUUCUCAUGACCGUCCCCUCGAUCAAUUUGAAUGUUAAAGACGCGGAUGGCAUGACACCACUCGAUCUCCUGAGGGAAAUUAGGCCGAGAUCAGCUGCUUCGGAGAUCCUGAUCAAGCAGCUGGUCUCGGCUGGAGGUGUCUCCGGCAGGAGACAUAAUAUCACCGCUAUUGUCUCUCAGUUGAGAGGCAUAGGGAUGAGCCCAGGCACGAGUUUUCGGAUCCCGGAUGGUGAGAUCUUCCUCCACACAGGUGUGGAGCAUGCAGCGGCGUCUGAUUUCAGCCGCGAGCUGGGAACCAGCGCGGAUUAUAGUUCAGCAUUGAGUCAACAAGAUGCGAGUGUAGAUGACUUGGAGAAGAAGGCAAGUAGUACUAGGCCAGGAAACAAGGUGAGUUCUGCUGCAAAGCGGCUCAAGGCACUCCUCCAAUUGCCAAAGAAGAAGAAGAAAGCAAAAGAUCAGAAAGACCCUACCGUGGUGGCCAAGUUAACAGACGAUGAGGCGUCUUCCAUCGAGUCCUUUCAUCUCUGCAGAAGCUACGAGGAGUGUCCAAUUCCGUUGAGGAAGAAAUACUCGAAGCUCGCCACGUUCAAUGGUAAUGGGAAUCUUCCGAGUCCUUUGACAAGGAGCAGAUUUGCAGCAGGGUUGAUGCACGGAGUUAUAAAUGCGAGGCCACAUUUCUCUGAUCAGUCGACUCCUCCGAGUCCUUUUUCAGCUGUGUCUUCAUCCGCGUGCUCACCGGCUUCUUCGAAUCGAGAUAAAAACCUGGUUAAAUCAGCAACAUUCAGCUCCAAGCUGAUGAACCGCAAACAAGGUUCGUUCAAUGCGAAGCUGAUGAACCAGUACUUGUCUUUCGGUGCACAAGGGUUGGGAGUCGAUGGUGGCGAUUCGGUUAAUCGUAAACCAGGAUACGAGGAUUACACCCACCGGCGGCCUACUUCUUUAGCAGCUUGAACAAGUCUCUGAUGUAAUGUAACUCUUUGCUGCUGCGAGACACAGAAGGUCGAGGGAGAGCUACCUUCCUUUUUAGUAAUGUUCUUUCUUUUCCAGAUCAGGCAACGCAUGGCUCUCAAGGUUUUGGAAAAAGGAAGUUGUUUUUUCAUUGUUCUAAUGUACGUAUUGUACAGUACUUUUAACAUUCGUAACCAGAAAUCCUUGCAUCAAAUGCCAAUGUUUUCUUUGCAUCCCAAUUCUGCAGUUUGAUUCUGCGCUUCUUUCUUCCAUUUGGCUGAAGGUGGAAUUAUUAAAUGGGCC